ACACGCAGAAAGUCCAAGCCCCUCCCAGUCUCACACACACACACACACACACUCAUUCAGUCAGUGAGGGAGAAGCUCCAUUCCACUCCACUCUGCACACACACCCUCUGUCACACACAAACACACACACACACAGUCAAACUCUCAGUCAGUCGCUGCUGCUGCCAUCAUGAAGCCUACAUGGAUAGUUCUGCUGCUUGUGUCCUUCACAUUCCUUCACACAGAUGACGGUGCAUCCACAGCAAAAGCAGUCACAGAACCCCCCGUCAAGACUUCUGAAGUCAAGCCUACAGGAAAGGAGACAGUCAAUGGCUCAAGCAUAAACGAUCAUGGAUCCAGUACGCCAGGAUCAGCUUUGGAAGGGACAACAACAACGACAACAAAGACAAUGAAAACGAGCACUGAGCCCACUGCGCCUGGAUCUGCUCGAAAUGAUACAGGGAAUGGCACGAGCGCAGGCCUGGGGGGUCAGGCAGCCCCUACUCAAGGAAAGGAUACAGUCAAUGGCUCAAGCAUAAACGAUCAUGGAUCCAGUACGCCAGGGUCAGGAACGGACAGCAAGACAACAAAUAAGACGAAUGACACUAAGGGCCAGUCUCCGUCGGGACAAGGGGAGAAUGAUCUACAGAGUGGCCAAAAUGCAGAUGGGGAAACAAAGCAGCAGGAGACAGACCGCAGGAUCCUGUGGAUCUUGUUGCCUGUUCUGGGAGUGUUGGUGGCUGGGGUGCUCUUUGUCCUCAAGUUCAAAUGCAUGAAGGUGCAGGACCAUGCAGAGCCGACUGAGAACGGGACCGAAAAUGCCUCCUUCCAAAGAUCUGACAGCAACAAAGAUGGCGUCAUGCUCCUGGGGGUGAAGACAUCUGGUGGAGAGGAAAAUAGUAUGUCUCAAACAGACAGAAAUAUGGCAGCCAGAUAAGAUGGGCAGCAGACGGAACGCAAGAGACACACUGGUCAUCUCCUCCCUAACCACCACUGGGCAUCAUCCUCUCUUCCCUGGCAACGGAGUCAGCUCAGUAGUUAUAGCAAAGAAACGCUGAAGUGGGUUCAAUUAUAAAUCCAAUAUGACGUGGGGUAUUUCCUGUAAGUUAAGCCAGAGUACAAGGUCGUGAAUAUUCUGACUCACUACGGUGUAAUAGCUUCAAAAUAGCUCAAACGCUUGAGUGAACUUUCCAUAUUUUUAUAUCACAAAACAUAUAAAUUAACAACAAACUUUUCUUUUAAAAAAUACACUUGUUGAUUGGUUAGAUUUAUAUUGAUAUAGGUCUUACACUGAAUAAACGGUGGCCGGUAUUUGAUCACCUGUCCACGUUUUUAAUAAACUGCCAUUCAGUUUCAUUUUUUAGGUUUUGAUUCAUAUGGUUUGGGCUCUCUUGAGUCUCCAAUCUGUUGGACUUUUUUUAUUUUGUUUAACUUGUAUCCUUCACUGCUGUUAAAUCCUCACUCCAGUUUCUCUGUGGCCUUGACUACUGGACCAAAUAAUAUAAAUGAAGAAAUAAACACAUUUAAGGAUAUUCAAGCUCAUGUGCAACAUUCGGAUGUGAAUUUAGCAGACAAAGAUCGCUAAUUGUGUUAUAUUUUGUUGUUUUUUCUGUUGUGUUUGUGUUGUUUCUACACAGAUCUGUGCCGUUAGAGAGGGCUGUUGCCCUAGUGGUUCCGAUGGUGUGUGUGUGUGUGUGUGUGUGUGUGUGUAAAACAGCUUUGCCUUUUGUAUUACAUCCAUUUGAGCCGUAAUUGUUUGUCCGUAUCUUUCUUGUGCAUGUGUUUUAACGUCUCCAUUAAAAUGUCUCCAUUAAAACACUAUCUUCUUAAAUACCAAAAAAAAACACAAAAAAAAAAAAAACAAUUCUCUUUGCCACUGAAUGAAUCCCCAGCAUUAAUCUUGUUAUAUUCCCAACACACAUCUGACCCUGAGAUCUAGUCCAGAGGGCCUGUCCAGUCCCCACACACAGACAGAAUCAGACGGCUGAUAUGAACUGCUUGUUUGUGCCAGGUGUCUGAUUUUAGAUGUACAAUACUAACGGCAUUGCUGGUCGGCGUUCUUGUACGUGGUCGCGCUUUGUUGCCGAGACAGCCAAGAAGCAGCAGUAACGUUAUGUUAUGUUAUGUUAUGCAGUGUUUCCCAUACAUUGACUUAUUUGUGGCGGUCCACCACAAUAUCAACAUUGACCACCACACAAUGAUUUUUCCAGGUUGUACUAAAUUGUGCUUAAAUCUGGUUAGCAUCAUAACCACGCUGUGCUAAUUUGUUAAAAACUGUUGCAUUCAAGUUAAUUCUGCAAACCUAGCACCACAAAUAAAAUUCAAUUCUGUGGGAAACACUGGUUAUGCAUCACUAAACAGCACUGAAGGAGGUUUCUGAUCUGUUUAAAGUCUGUGUACAGCACAUGAGCAAACUCUGGUUCUACUAAAUAAAAGUUGUAUUCUGUCACAA